AUCGCAGCGUUUGUGCGAACAUUCGCUAGCGACGAGGAGGCUUCUUCGGCUUUUACUCAAGUAACCAAGAAAGGCAAGUGUUUACGACUGCUAUUUUUAAAUGUUAAACUUCUUACAUGAUCCGAUUCCCAUUACACUUUCUAACGUGUUUACUCUCGUUACAGAUAAGAAGCGUCGCUACCACGUCACCGACGACGAACAAUCUCUAGUCCUAAGAGCCUACGAAGAACUAAAUGGAGAUUGGGAAAAAAUGGUCGAGUACAUGAAAGACAACGUGAUGAGGAUA